UUCAAGCAACAUGGGCCACUGGUAUUUUAAAGCUGGACUGUCGUUAUUACUUAUUGCAAUGGUUAUCGGUCAAUGCCACUUCACUUGGGAUGAAACCAAACGCACAAACUUUGGCUUUCUAACAUAUCGCGAUGCUGAUGGCGCUGAUCAUAUGCAAGGAGUCGUUUCCAAUGGUGGUACAGUCUACAUGAACUGUCACGACCCCAGGAAUCCAAAAAAUGGAAUCAUUAAGCAUCUAACUUGCAACAACAACCAAUUUCAGGCACCACUACCAUUAUGCGAACAUAUGAAGUCCACUGAGGUCAAAGAGAUUAACGAUAAUUCCUGUCCAGCCACCAUGUUUGCUACUGGUGUUAUGAUUAGAGGCGUAUUUGUAGAGCUCUUCAGAUCCUGUUACGACAAAACAAAUCUGCGCGCGAUCUUCUCCAAAAAUAACGUGUACAAGAGUACUUUCUUUGGACCAAAUGCUGGCAUUAGGUACGAAUGCGGAAAAGUCGCGUCCACAAAGAAUAUGGAGGCAUAUAAAAAGGAAAACGUCUAUCAGUCCUUCUUGAAUAUCUAUGGCAGCAAUCCCUAUAUAACCAGCAACAAGGUCAUCGUUAUUACCCGAGGUCACUUAUCAAGCGCAACUGAAUAUCUGCUUCGCAAUCAGAAGUGCGCAUCCUUCAAGUACGUGAAUGUUAUUCCGCAGUUCCAGAGUAUCAAGGAUGGCAAUUGGAAUAAGAUUGAGAAGUGGGUUAACAGUCAAGUACCAGAUUAUUCGCAUUUGCGGGUAGAAACCGGUGGAAUAGGAGUGCUAAAGCUACCAGAUGUGAAUGGGAAUUUAAAACCAGCUUUCUUGCUUAGGGGCAACCAAAUACCAGUGCCGGAAUGGACCUACAAACUGAUCAAAGACGCAAGCAAUCAACCAAUUCAUGCGAUUCUCACCUCUAACAACAUAUACGGUGGCAAUGUACCUGCUCCACCUUUUUGCAUGGAGAUAAGUUGUCCUGGUUUCGAUAACACCGAUGCAUCCGAUCAAGGAUACACAUAUUGUUGCGAUGCACAUACAUUUAAUCCGCCACGCGAGUUAAACAUGUAUACUUCAAAUCCCACUAACCAGAAUUCGUGCAAUAAUUGUGAAAACGAAAGUCACUUACUUUGACAUUAAUAAUAUGGUUUAUGCUCUUGCUUUUAUAUGUA